CAAUGUGUUUCUAUCCCUUUAAAACACGGUGGAAAGGGGUAGAGAGAUGCUUGGGAGGGGUUCCAGGUAGGGGAACCUGGCAGUGUCCCCCCGCUUGGGGGCCGGAAUGGUACGUUCCGCCAGGGACAGGGUGGAAAGGCCCGGCCGGGGGCUGGUGCUGGGCAGUCGUCGGGUGGGAGGUGGUAGGGUUGUGGGGGGUGGUGUUAGUCGCUCGCUGCCCGCAGGGAGGAGUUGUGCGGACGCUCCUUGUGGUGUCCAUGGGCUGUUGAGCGGAGCCGAACUCGGGGCGGCCAAGCCGGGGGCCAUGGCUGAGGAUUAUUGGGACCAGCCGCGUUGAACCACCCCCCCCCCAGCCCCCUGCAGCCGCCGCCGCCGGGCGGCCCCUGUCCCGGCCCCACCAUGGAUCGCAUGAAGAAGAUCAAGAGGCAGCUGUCAAUGACGCUGCGGGGCAGCCGGACGGCUGAGAAGAGCCUCAGCGACCAGAUCAACACUGAGGAAAACAACAGCAGUGACAGUGAGAUGGUGCAGGAGGACCUGAAGAUGGGCUCGGAUGGGGAGAGUGACCAGGCCUCAGGAACAUCUUCUGACGAGGUGCAGUCGCCUGUACGGCUCCGCCUACGGCCCAGCACUGCCCGCAAGAUCUCCACUGAGGACAUCAACAAGCGGCUGUCACUGCCGGCUGACAUUCGCCUGCCUGAGGGCUACCUGGAGAAGCUGUCACUCAACAGUCCCCUCUUUGACAAGCCACUCAGCCGGCGCUUGCGCCGCGUCUCCCUGUCAGAGAUUGGGUUCGGGAAACUGGAGACCUACGUGAAACUGGACAAGCUGGGAGAGGGCACAUAUGCCACAGUGUACAAGGGCCGCAGCAAACUGACUGACAACCUGGUGGCACUGAAGGAGAUUCGGCUGGAGCACGAGGAAGGGGCACCAUGCACUGCCAUCCGCGAGGUGUCCCUGCUGAAGGACUUGAAACAUGCCAACAUUGUGACGCUGCAUGACAUCAUCCACACUGACACCGCCCUCACCCUUGUCUUUGAGUACCUGGCUUGGCCCUGCCCCCAGCAGAUGACUUCCUUCCCCCCACCCCAGGACAAGGACCUGAAGCAGUACCUGGAUGACUGUGGCAACAUCAUCAACAUGCAUAAUGUCAAGCUGUUCCUGUUCCAGCUGCUGCGGGGCCUGGCCUACUGCCACCGCUUGAAGGUGCUGCACCGUGACCUCAAGCCCCAGAAUCUGCUCAUCAAUGAGCGUGGGGAGCUCAAGCUGGCUGACUUUGGGCUGGCACGGGCCAAGUCGAUUCCCACCAAGACGUACUCCAACGAGGUGGUGACACUGUGGUACCGGCCCCCGGACAUUCUGCUGGGCUCAACUGACUACUCCACUCCCAUAGACAUGUGGGGUGUGGGCUGCAUCUUCUAUGAGAUGUCCACAGGCCGCCCGCUCUUUCCUGGCUCCACUGUUGAGGAGCAGCUGCACUUCAUCUUCCGAAUGCUCGGGACCCCCACGGAGGAGACAUGGCCAGGCAUCCUGUCCAAUGAGGAGUUCAGAGCCUACAAUUACCCCAAGUACCGCCCAGAAGCCCUGCUCAGCCACUCCCCCCGGCUGGACAGUGACGGGGCUGACUUGCUGGGGAAGCUGCUGCAGUUUGAGGGGCGCAAGCGGGUCUCGGCCGAUGAUGCUAUGCGGCACCCCUUCUUCCAGAGCCUGGGCGAGCGUGUCACCAAGCUCCCAGACACGACAUCAAUAUUUGCACUAAAAGAGAUCCAGCUGCAGAAGGAGACAGGGCUGCGCUCGGCCUCCCUCCCUGACUCCGGGGGUGCUGCCCUUCACAUGGUGGAUACUGAAUUUUAGCUGCUGGGUCAGUGAAUGGGCAGACUCGCCGGCCCAGCCUGCUGCUGUGACCUUGCCCCCUGGACACUGAGGGAGUGGAGCUGGAAUAAAGCCCUCCCCCAGCCUGGCUUUCUCCCCAGCCUGAAGCCUGAUCCUUCACACAGGACACUGCAU